GAUCCUCUUGCACUGGUGGGCGGAGAGAAGUGCCUGCAGCCAACCAGGGUCAGGCUGUGCUCACAGUUUCCUCUGGCGGCAUGUAAAGGCUCCACAAAGGGCCUGGGAGUUCAACUGAGGCUGCUGCAGUGGGCCUGGGGAUGGACCCCAAGCCCUGAGUGGUGCUGUCGGAUCCAGGACCUGCGAGGGGCAUGCACCAAGACAGCUGCAGGCCACACUGUGAGGAACAGCAGGUUGGGAGCAGCCCCAGCGAAACUCCAGCCAGCUCCAUCCCUAAGAGCCUCUGAGAGCACUGACUGUUGCCAGCAGAGGCCAGCUCAGCGGCCAGUCCAGCCUGAGACUCAGGACCCUUCCUGGAGGCCCUGGCCAGGCUGCCCCACUGACGGCACCGGGAAGCAUGUGAAGCGCUGCUCCAGAGCCAAGCAGGAGAGAAGAGGCUUCCACAAAGACCAACCAGCACACUGCAAGGACCAUGAGGCCAUUGUGUAUGACCUGCUGGUGGCUUGGACUGCUGGCCACCAUCGGAGCUGCUACAGGCCCAGAGGAGGAUGUUGAGGGCACAGAGGAUGGUUCGCAGAGAGAGUACAUUUACCUCAACAGGUACAAGCGGGCAGGCGAGUCCCCGGACAAGUGCACCUACACUUUCAUUGUGCCCCAGCAGCGGGUUACAGGUGCCAUCUGUGUCAACUCCAAGGAGCCCGAGGUGCACCUGGAGAACCGUGUGCACAAACAGGAGCUGGAGCUGCUCAACAACGAGCUGCUGAAGCAGAAGCGGCAGAUCGAGACGCUGCAGCAGCUGGUGGAGGUGGACGGCGGCAUUGUGAGCGAGGUGAAGCUGCUGCGCAAGGAGAGCCGCAACAUGAACUCAAGAGUCACACAGCUGUACAUGCAGCUCCUGCACGAGAUCAUUCGCAAGCGAGACAACGCGCUGGAGCUCUCUCAGCUGGAGAACAGGAUCCUGAACCAGACAGCGGACAUGCUGCAGCUGGCUAGCAAGUACAAGGACCUGGAGCACAAGUUCCAGCACCUGGCAAUGCUGGCCCAUAACCAAUCGGAGGUCAUUGCACAGCUGGAGGAGCACUGCCAGCGAGUGCCUGCAGCCAGGCCCGUACCCCAGCCACCCCCAGCCUCCCCACCUCGGGUCUACCACCCACCCACCUAUAACCGCAUCAUCAACCAAAUUUCCACCAACGAGAUCCAGAGCGACCAGAAUCUGAAGGUGCUGCCGCCACCUCUGCCGACCAUGCCUGCCCUCACCAGUCUCCCGUCUUCCACUGAUAAGCCAUCAGGCCCAUGGAGAGAUUGUCUGCAGGCCCUGGAAGAUGGCCACAGCACCAGUUCCAUCUACCUGGUAAAGCCUGAGAACACCAACCGCCUCAUGCAGGUGUGGUGCGACCAGAGACAUGACCCUGGGGGCUGGACUGUCAUCCAGAGACGUUUGGAUGGCUCCGUCAACUUCUUCAGGAACUGGGAGACCUAUAAGCAAGGGUUUGGGAACAUCGACGGCGAAUAUUGGCUGGGCCUGGAGAAUAUCUACUGGCUGACAAACCAAGGCAACUACAAACUGCUCGUAACCAUGGAGGACUGGUCUGGCCGAAAGGUCUUUGCAGAAUAUGCUAGCUUCCGACUGGAGCCAGAGAGCGAGUACUAUAAGCUGCGGCUGGGGCGCUAUCACGGCAACGCGGGCGACUCCUUUACCUGGCACAACGGCAAACAGUUCACCACCUUGGACAGGGACCAUGAUGUCUACACAGGAAACUGUGCCCACUAUCAGAAGGGAGGAUGGUGGUACAAUGCUUGUGCUCACUCCAACCUCAAUGGGGUGUGGUACCGUGGGGGCCAUUACCGGAGCCGAUACCAAGACGGGGUCUACUGGGCCGAGUUCCGAGGAGGAUCUUACUCACUCAAGAAAGUUGUGAUGAUGAUUCGGCCCAAUCCCAACACCUUCCACUAAGCAUCCCUGUCUGGCCACUCAAGGCCAUUGCCAGAAGCUGUCCCAGCUGUGCGACCUCAGGCUGGGAGGACGGGGUGCCAGACUUGGCUCUUUAAAGUCACUCUGUCAGGUGAUGGAAAGGAACAGUGUUCUCUGUCCCUCCUGCUUUCUUUCACACCAGACAGCCCCUCAUGUCCCAGGACAGGGCAGAACUGCAGAUUCUUUCAAUCAGUUAAGUCCCUCCAAUAAAAACAUAACUGUCAACACCAGCAGACACGAUAGGCAUGCAUACGAGCCACCACAUGUGUGCUUAGACACAUAUCACACGUGGGAUGUCUAGAUAUACAUAUGGGUCUCCACAUACACAGAAUUUCUCUAUACUCAGUUCUCAGAGGCUUACGCCAGCGCCACAGCUUUACGCUUAGGAGAACGCUUUUCUCCUUGUCUAAGGACAGAAAAAGCCACGUAGCCCUGAUUUUGGGUUCUUCCCAGAAUGAAUGCAAGCUCACCUCCCACAUAGGGGUUCCCGGCCUUCUCUCUCUGGAACCCCUUUGAGCACCUGAUCGACUGUUAGCUUUUCCCCUUCUCAGGACAGCUCAGCAUCCCUCCGUCUAGUCGUCCCCUCAGGCUGCACCUUCUGUGCCUUAGUCUGCGGCUGCUCACUGGAGGCCCAGGGUCCUCUUCUCCUUUCUUCCUGGCCUCUCCUCUUCUGUCACACAGACCCUUUAUUUCUGGCACAAUUAAUUGGCCUCUGGGGAGGAAAUGGUCUGGGCUCAGGUUCCGGCUGGGAAAGGGAAGGCCAGGCCAAAAGCCACAGUGGCGGCCACAUAGACCUGUAUUCACUCUUGCACCUUACAUUCAUACUUUAGCCUCCACAGAAUUUUAACCUCCACACAAACAGUGCCCUGCCUUGCAAGAGACACUCCAUUGGAAAGAGGUCACGGCCAACAUGUGGGGACCCCCAGACAGCUGCAGAUUUGAGGUCCUGUACUCAUGGGGAACAAUCUGCACCCCGUUUCCAUGUUACAUACCGCCCCAGAAGAUGAAGCCACACAAAGAAAAACUGACUACUUUGCAUGCCUUGCAAUGCCCUUGGGGCUGCUGGUGAGCACAGCAUGGUGGUCUCCCCAGUCCUGCUGGGCUUACAGUUACCAGAUGACUGCCACGCCAGGGGCAGCAGAUAAGUCAAGAAAGUGAGACCCUCCCAGUGGGCACAUGUGCCAGGUGUGUGAAGUGUGGGGCAUUUGGUACUGUCCACAUCUGGUUCAUGCCUAUUACCUCAGCAUUUCUCCCAGUGUACCAUGUAGCAUGUUCCGUGUAUAUAUAAAAGGGAGGUUUGUUGUUGUUGUUUUUUAAAAUAUAUUCCCAGACUAUCCUUGUAAUGACACAAAUUUGCAAUAAAAGCCAUCAGUGCUGCAUGGAUGCCCCCGCACUGUGUGUUGCUGUUC